CUGUGGAUCUUUGAGUCCCCACGAACGAUACGCCCCAAAACAACGAGCACUGUGCCCCCCACACGCCGCCCCGCAGCGGUAGUCCCAGCUCCGGGCACCCCUCAGCUCCUGGGUGCAGGCACGGGCUGGAGAUACACUGUUGGCUACGUCAAGGAGCAACCUGAGCUGCCAAGGGCGUCCCGCGGGCAGCGGCUGGCGGAGCGCCGGCCGGGAGCGGAGGUGGCUGCAGGCAGCAGAGUGCUGCAGUGCCGGCCCUGCUGCGUGUGUCCCGGCUGGAUGCGGCUGGUGCCAAUGUGGGAGCGCUGAGCGGGUGGUGUUUGAACAGCCCCGACAUGGCCCGGCUCGGCGCGGGAGCGGGGCAGGAUGCGGCGGCUGCAGGAGGGGGCUGGCUGGACCCAGGCCCCGCGGUGGGGAACGUCAGCACGGAGCCCUCCAGCAGCGUGUCCCACCCCAAGCAGGGCUGUGCCUGGAGCCCCCGUCCCGAGGGCGCCGAGGAGCCGCUGCUGCUCCCCACCUUCUCGCCCGCCGCUCAGGCCCGCGUGGCAGCCACCCUCGUGCUCUUUGUGCUCUCGGCCGGCUGCAACGUGGCGGUGCUGCGGGCGGCGGGGGGCCGGGGGGGCGGCGGGCGCUCCCACAUCCGCCUGCUGCUGCGGCACCUGGCUGCGGCCGACCUGCUGGUGACGGUGGUGGUGAUGCCGCUGGACGCCAUCUGGAACAUCACGCUGCAGUGGCGGGCGGGUGACCUGGCCUGCCGCCUCCUCAUGUACCUGCGCCUGCUGGCCAUGUACGCCUCCGCCUUCGUCACCGUGGUCAUCAGCCUGGACCGGCAGGCCGCCAUCCUGCGCCCGUUGGCCAUCGCCCGUGCUCGGCGCAGGAUCCGCGCCAUGCUCCGUGCCGCGUGGAUGCUCAGCGCUGCGCUCGCUGUGCCGCAGCUGUUCCUGUUCCACACCGUCACCCUGCACGCCCCGCACAACUUCACGCAGUGCACCACGCGCGGCAGCUUCCCGCAGCCCUGGCACGAGACCCUCUACAACAUGCUGAGCUUCACCUGCCUCUUCCUGCUGCCGCUGCUCAUCAUGGUGUGCUGCUACACGCGCAUCCUGCUGGAGAUCUCCCGGCGCAUGGGCUCCAGUCUCUUCUCCUCCAGGGACGUGGCACUGCGGUGCUCCGGGAACAACAUCCCACGGGCACGGCUACGCACGCUGAAGAUGAGCCUGGUCAUCGUCUCCUCCUUCAUCCUCUGCUGGACCCCCUACUAUCUGCUGGGGCUGUGGUAUUGGUUCUGCCCACGGGUCAUGCAGCAGAAGGUCCCACCGUCCCUCUCCCACAUCCUCUUCAUCUUUGGCCUCUUCAAUGCCUGCCUGGACCCCAUCACCUAUGGGCUCUUCACCAUCCCCUUCCAGAGGCGCUGCGGCUGUCCCUGUGGGCGCAGCUCGGAGCCUGAGCCACCCUCCCCAGCCACGGGUUCCUUCUCCUGUUCAGCCUCAUCCCUGCGGGGCAGGCAGUGUAUAGGGGGCACAGAGGAGCCACAGCCACCCAUGGAGCUGGGGGUUCCCACUGGGGCUGGUUCCUGCCAGAGCAGCGCGUUGUGAGCCGGGGCAGCCUGAUGCCAUGAGGAUGGCACUCUGUGAGCAGUGAGGGCAGGCGGUGGGGGCUCCGCUCCAAAUUCCCUCUGUAAGUGGUAGAGCAGAGCUGCUCCUACAGCCAGGUGGGUGUGAACCAUCCUUCUUCCCUCUCUGCACCCAUUUAUAUUACAUCCUGGAGCACACUGCAGCAAUAAAGCAUCCUGUGGCCAUUUCAUGUGCUGCCUGCAUCCCUGGAUGUGGGCAGCACAGGGGCUGGGGAUGGGUCGUACAGGGAGCUGUUGCUGGCAGUUGUCCCCAAGGCCAGGGUGGUGCUGCCAUCCCCACAGCACUGCUGGGGGCUGCACAGCACAGGGCCUGCAGUCCUUCUGGUCCUGUGCCAGCCCUGCACUCGGCUGCUGCUGGGAACAGGAGCUGGGCUGCUGCUGAAGGUCGUUGCGAGGUGCGGGACCGGCAGCACCCAGCAGCACAGCAGCUGCUCCAAGGCCAGCAGUGCUGCCAGGGCCAGGCACACAGCUGUGCUGCUCGGCUACUGUGGGGGCUGCAGCUCUGGCCCACGGUGGGCUGUGGGUGGGACGCCUACAAGUGUGGGAGCUGCUGGUGGGGGAGUGGGCAGCGAGAGCCACUCCUCAGUGGGGUUCCCUGGAUCUGGCACAUGGAGUUGUGCCGUAAGUGCAUUUGAUAGAUCCUGAAGCUGGACCUGGCACAGAGCACAAGUGGGCAGUGGUGAUGGGAGGAAUCUGGAGCUGCCAAAAUUCAUCCCCUUGGACAGAGGGCUGCAGGAGGAGUCUGGCAUCACUCCAGAAGGUGCAUGGGCAGGAUGGGCACAGUGAGCUUUGGGCACCCACCCCUGCACCUUGUUCUGCAGCAGGGCUGGACACGGCCCAGGGCAGACUGGGCUCUGGGGGCACCACAAGAGCCUCACAGUAGCUGCAGGGAGCAGGGAGAGCUGAGCAGAGUUACAGUCCCUGCAGGGUGGUGAUGGCAGGGCCGAAGGAUGGUGCUGAUGCCCUGAUCCCACACCAUGACCGCAUGGCAUGGCGCUGCAGGGGCAGCCAUACACAGGGAGCAGCAUCAUGCUG